AUGUCUCAGAUGCACGAUGAUAAAAAAGAUCAAGACUUUGACUUUUGCUCCAACGAGCAGAAUGACUCGUCCACCAUGGAAAACUCAUCGACCGACGAUGAGAAAGUCGACAAGUUUGAACAUGCGCGUCCAGGUCCAGGCGGUUUUGCUGCCGGCACGCAGGGCCACCAUGACCAAAAUACCCCGGCUCAGUUACCGGCUCAACAGUCGCUGCAUCAGACCACAGAGAACGAAGGCCACUCGUUUUUCAGCAACAAGUUGAGCCCGCACAGGAAGAAUGUCUUUUUAAAAUUUUGCACCAUCAACUUGGUUCUUAUCGUAUUCAUCCUCACCACGUUUUCGAUAUACUGGGGGUCUUACUACGACCGGAAUUCGAGAUACAAGGACUUGAAAAUGUUGGUUGUCAUUGAAGACGAGCAAGUCGUGGAAGGGGUCGAACCCGUCUUUGGUCCCGCCAUGAGGUCCUUGUUGGAGACUCCCGAGGCGCAACUGCACGGCGACUGGCACAUUUACAGUCAAUCUGAGUAUCAACGCAUUGCUGAUGAGGCUGGAAACUCUAUCGAUGCCGAGAUUGCCGACAAGGUAUAUCGUCAAAUAUACUGGACUUCAAUUCACGUUAAACCCAAUGCCACGUUUAACUAUCGCCAGGCGUUAAGUGAGGGGAAUGGCGACUACAACGUCACCAAGAACACCGUUGUUACACGGUUUGAAACGGGGCGAGAUUUCAUGAAUAUGAACCAGUAUAUCGAACCCCAGUUGGAUGCAAUUGAGGAAAUGUGGCUCCAAUUGCAACCUAAAUUGACCAAACAAUUGGUAAAGAACAUUGCCAUUGACUCGGAGUCCAAAUUGGAUAUCGUCAGCAGGCCAAUGCAGUUUUUAAAAGUCGAUGGUUCGCCAUGGACCGAGACGGUGUUGGUGGCGCCAUGCCAAGUUGGGUUCAUUUACAUGAUCAUUCUCACUUCUUAUGUGUUCAAUUUCUACAAGAACGUUCAUCUGUUUGCGGCAAAAUCGGGAGUAAAGAGAACUCAUUUCAUUAUUUACCGUUACAUUUGCUCGAUUGGCACAUUCUUUUUCAUCUCGUUGUCGUUUGGCUUGGUGACACUUGCUUUCCAAGCAGACUUUACCGUGACGUACGGCAAGUCGGGUUUUUUGGUGUAUUGGGCAAUUGCCUUUUUGACCGUAUGCGCCGUGGGGUUUGCCAAUGAAAUCAUGGCCAUGCUCUUGACGACUUUUUACCCUCCAUUGUUGGGAUGUUGGGUGCUGUUUUGGGUCGUCAUCAACAUUUCGCCCACGUUUGGUCCACUUGCCUUGAUGAGCAAGUUCCAUAGAUACGGCUACGCCUUCCCCAUCCACAACAGCUUCAACGCCGUGAGAACUGUGUUUUUCGACGUCUACAAGGGCGAAAUGGGGAGAAAUAUCGGCAUCUUGGUUGCGUGGUGGGCAUUGUGGACUUGUUUAUUUCCCGUGGUGAUUGUUUACACGGGGAAUGUCUCAGCUAGAAGGGCACAGGCUGCCGCUCAAGCUAAACAGCAGGCUGAGAAGGAAGAGAAAGCAACUAAACUUGAAGUUUAG